UUCCAGUUAAUGGUGCUUUUAUAACUACAUCUCACAAAUUCAAUUACUAGAAAAUACACGCCGGCCGGCCGGACCGCCGGAUUAUAUAUAUGGAACCAAGCAAUUUUCCGGUGAUAUCGAAAAAGUUUUGGAGAUUCGUGAUGACAGCUCUGCUGAUGCUAAAGAAGGGCAUGGCCCUGUCCAAGACCAAGCUCAUGCUUGAUCUCAGCCUCUUAAUGCAGCGCGGAAAGCUCGCCGGAAAAGCCGCCAUCCACAGCCUCAUGCUCAUCCACCACUCCCGUCACCACCUCAAUCUCUCCUCCUCCGCCGCCGCCCAGCUUCCCGAGGAGUACUACGAGUUCAGCUGCAGCAAUAGCCCCGCGUACCACGGCGGCGGCGGUGGCUUCCACCUCCCAUUCCCACUCGGCAAGAAGAGCAAGAACCGCCACGCCGCCGCCACUUUCGAAGAUAUUGUUGCGGCCAACGCCGUCGUUAAGGCUCUUGAAAUCCUUCACACGGAGACUCCGUCGCCGGCUCUUCCCGGGUUCGGCAGGACUCCGGUGGUGCGGCAGCUGAGGAUCACCGACUCGCCGUUUCCGGUGAAGGAUGGGGACGAGAGCGGCGGGCAAGUUGAUAGAGCCGCCGAGGAUUUCAUUUCGCAAUUCUACAGGUCCUUGAGGCCGUCUUAUUAGUUGGAAAA